GGUGUUUGUCCAGCCUCUCUCAAUCUCACAGACAAACGAGCAGCAGACUGAUAGGCACUGAAGCACAACACUACAGGAUAACUGGUUCACUAUGAUGCCUUCUCUUUUUUGUGCCCUAUUCUGGGUCUUGUUUGCCGGUGCUACCUUGAAUGGAGGGACAGAGACUCAUCAGACUGAACCCAAUGUGACUGAGGGAACAGAGAGAUGGAACAAGACAGACACAAAUCCUUUUGAACAGAAUGAAAACCAAACAUUAGAACAUACACAUACCCUCACUGAUUCACCUACACACCAAAUAACAGAGCAUACACACACACACACUACUCAACAGACAGACCUGCUGAGUCGAGAAGAACCUUAUCCAUCCAACCUCUGUCAGGAUAAUAUUCCGGAUUAUUAUGAAUAUGAAUCACCCACCAUUUCUAAGCCGUUCGUUAAAGAAUGUCUAAGAGAUCCUCCGGGAAAGGACUGCAAUUCAGCCUCAGGAGAGCAGAAGUGUCACUAUUUAAAGGAAUAUUCCUGCUUCAUCUACCCGUCCAAUAAACUCAACUGCUCCUGGACAUCCCACAAGCUCCCUGAUGGCAGCCAAUACUCUGCCUCUGUCAUUGUGUGUAAAAAAAACGCCAUCUCUACUGUUGAUUGUGUGGGGAAUAAUGUUGGUGGAGGAACUCAGUCCGGAGCCAUGGUCAAUUGCCAUGGAGAGGUGGAUGCUAUUCGCAAAGAUUCUGCGGAUUCGCUGAUUUUCAGUGUGAACGUGUCUACACCUAAUAUCUCGUGCCUCUACACUACUAAGUUUCACUUCAAAAACAUAGUGGUGCUGAGUCCUCCCGCCAAUGUCACGGUUCAAAGGGUCAAGGGAGGGGAUUUGCUAGUCCAGUGGGCUACUCCCUACAGCCAGUGGAACUUUGGGCCUAAUUGCUUUGAAUACGAAUUAUCCAUCAACAACAAAGAGCUGAGGAAGAUUGUAGAAUUUCACAUAGAAACAAAUGCAGACCCCUCACUCGCCUAUCAGGUAAAGAUCAGGACAAAGCCAAGUGGGCAGUGCCAUGAAGUUCACCACUGGAGUGCCUGGAGUAGUGCCAUUGACGUGCCAGCGGAUACAUCAACCCAGUUCAACCCAUUGGUGAUUAUUGGUAUCUCCCUUGGAAUACCCAUGAUUCUCCUGGCAUUUCUGAUAUUGUUCAGGCCCCAGAGGGUGUCCAAACUUCUAUUUCCACCCAUACCCCAGCCUCCCAAGAAGAUUAAACUUCUCCUUGAAAGAGAAGACUUGUUCCAGAUUGUCCCUACCCCCUUAUCCAAAUACGUGGAUGACAUUACUAUAGUGGAGGAAGCAGAAGAGACUCCAGAGAAGGAUCCAGUCACUAGCUGGUAAGCUGGCAUGGAGACAGCAGCACCAUUGGCUUCUUUAACCCUAAUCCAUAUUGAAAUCAGCUCCUUUACAGCAAUUUAUGUUAGGCUAAGAAGUUUCCAAUGGUGAGAAGAAUUGGAAAAGUGAUGACAUACCAUAGUUAACAUGAGUUAAAUUAACUGCAAUUGUGAAUGAAAUGGAAAGUGUCUGCGACUCACAUAUACAUACUGUUAUUUCAGAAACUGGUGUGCUUUAUUAAUGGUGCACAGCAAAGCUUGAAAUGUUGCCUCUUAGUAGGCAGUGGGGAGUGGCCAUGAAUACCAUGUGGACUCAUUCACUCGUGUUUUAUACAAAACAGUCAGUGGACUAAAGGUUUUAAGUAGAUUGUGUAAUACAUCAAUCGCCAUGCAGCUAUGCUAUGACUCGUGCAAUUAUUGCACGAAAAAAUUAAUACUUUUUAAGUUGUAUAAAGCUGGGAAAAAGUUUGACUUAAUCCUGGUCAUUUUUGUAGUGCCGUUUUGUUUGAAAUAAACAUUUGCUUUGUUGAGUUGGUAUAAUAGCACAUGGCAUAUGUUGCACAUCCAGGUAGGAGUCACUUUAGAUCAGAUAUUGGAUCAGUAUACAUCCUCAUAGCAAUCAGUGGGCAGGCUUGAAGUAUCUUGGGUAAAAAACAGAGGAGUAAGUCCACCUGGUGGGCACAUAACAUAACAGCAAAUGAACACUCCUCAAAAUCCACCUCCCCAAGGUUUUUUAUUUACUUACGCCAACCCACUACCCCCCCCCCCCCCUCCGCAACCCUGCCCAUAUGUGUAGACAAAACAAAGUAAAACUACAUAUUUAAAUUUGUAUACACUGUAAUAAAACAUGUUUAAAUACU